AUGUCAGACCGGAAGUGUUGCUAGCCGGUUCGUGGUGAGGUGGAGGUCCUGACGCCUGACAGAGAUGGCAGAGUUGCCGCUGUAUUUAACCAGCGUCAACGUUUCCCUGACACAAACUAUGGACACUGAAAAGAGUCUAGGAGGAGGGACAGACUUUGAAAGUGUGGAGAUGGAAGACUCUGCGGGGAGUCAGGUAAGAGUAAAGGUUCCCCGAAGGACCAUCUAUUUCGCCAGUGGAGAGACCAUGGAGGAAUACAGCACCGAUGAAGAGGAGGAGGAUCCUGUGAAGACAGAUGUCAUCCCUGUAGAUCCAGCUAAAUUAACCUGGGUUCCAUAUUUCUGGUUCCAAACGUGGAGAAUGGCCACCUCCACCAUCUCAGUGUGUGACUACAUGGGAGAGAGACUGGCCUCUCUUUUUGGCAUCACUAGUCCGAAGUACCAGUAUGCAAUUGAUGAAUACCACCGUAUAAAGAAAGAGGAGGAAGAAGAAGAGGAGGAGAACCGUCUGGCUGAGGAUGCGGAGCGUCAUUUUGUUGCACAGAAAAGAGGUGAACUAGAUGCUCCUCCCUCUGCUACUGUGGAACAGCCAGGGGCGUCCGGAGCAUCCUUUGUCAACAUUAGCUUUGAGCUCAAACCUGAGCCUCCUCUCAGCUCUCCAGACACCAAGAGAGUCCCUUCCCCUCUCCCCUCCUGAAACACAUAUUUCGUCAGGCUAAAUGUGAUUUAACCUAGCUGUAUGAUUUCAUAAUGUUGUUAUUUUUCUAUGCUUUUUUAUAAGAAGAGAUAUUAAUACAUAGUGCAGGGAAACAUUUAAAGGGCUGUGGAAGUGGCUGCAAUAGCCUUAUCUGUGAAUGUAACUUUUAUGUACAGCCUGACAUGCAAUUGAACCAUUUCUAGAGCAGAUUGGGACUGUACCCAACUCACCUUAAAACAUAGAGACCCUGAAAUACAUGCUUGAUUAUAAUCUUAUUGAAGAAUUUAAAAUAAAUGUAGUUCUUUCUCUAGAGUUUGUAUAGCUGGAUAGCCUUUAUUUCCAAGCUAAACCAUGAGUGAGAACGGGUAGAGAUUAAACCGUUUAUAUACACAGGGAAUAUAUUGUCCUCCUCAUAUGUUAUUGCUAUAUUGUUGUCUGGAAUAAAGAAACACAAGCUAUUCCCCUAUAAGUUAUAAAGAGGAAGGUUAUAUAGAAAUGGCAUCAAACAAACCAGUAGUUGAGUUUUAACGUGAUGUUCAGAUACAUAAGACAACUCUUCCGUCUAGGCCCUCUGUUACUGAGUCAAUGAAAACUACUGUAACUUCCUGCUGCUUAAACCAGACACAUGAUUCACUUUGUCGCAGCCAAACGUACUCUGGUUAAUAACAGUUCAAUGUGAAGUUACCAUGAAGCCGCAGUCUGUGGUCCAAAUUUUUCUACAGAACUAACAUUAAAGAAUUGGCUUCAUGUUUAUUUUAUUUGUUUCAGUGUAAACCUGCCUCUGUGAUAGAUGAAACAGUUUAUUUACAGCAACAACUCCUAUAAAUUACAAUUAUUUAAAAAAAAAAAUCAACCAGGCAAUGCAGCUAAUAUAGAUUCACUUUUAAAAUUGUUUAAAUAUUUGAAAAUCAAAUAGAAUUCUAAUUUACUGGUGGUUGUUAAAGUACAUUGGGAGGUUGAGUUACUCACAAACACUGACGGUACCUUCAUGUGUGCUGAGAGUUCAUUCUUUAAGUGUCCUUGCCUGAGCUGCCAGAAGCUUAUUAAUUAUUAUUAUCCACUGAAGUGACGUUGUGGUGUGGACGCUCCGAGCAGAGCAGCAGUGUUUAUUCAGGAGGAAACCAGAGGCCCACACACUGGAGCCUUUAUGUUUUCCCAUUACAACGCAGAACACAUGUUACUCUGCUCUUUUCAAACGGAUCCAUUAAUAGGUGAAAUUCUGUAAAUGGAAUCUAUAAUUAGAAUACCAACCUAUUUAAUUCAGUUUGGGUAAAUUUCUUACAUUUCUUAACACGGAAUAUUAUUUAUGCUUUUUUAUGUAUUUAGAAACAUAUGCAAAAGUUAUUUUUAACCAACUCGAUGAAUCUGUAUAUAUAUAUUUAUAUUUUCUGUGGUAUUAAAAUCUUUAAACAAUCUGA